AUGAGUGAAGCGAUUGACUGGUCAACAUCUGAACCACCCAAUCGUUACGUUCUUGCGUACGGUACGCAGCAUUGUCUAAUUGAACAAGACUAUGAUCACUCGAUCUAUGGGGAAUGCGAGUACAUCGCAAGCAGAACUCUAAUCAAGUGCAAAUCUGUCCGCAAAAAAGCUGAUCUGAAAGCCAACGGUGGAAUUUGUGAAAUGCACACAAGAUUCCAUGAUUCCAUACGAAACAGAUUUCUUUGUGAGGAGCGCCGCCUCAUGCAAGAUAGUGGGCAGAGUAAACCGAAGUACAGUCCUUUUCUCAACCACGAUGGUCUCAUUUGUGAGGAGUUUCCAUGGUUGAUGCCAAGUCACCGCUGGGAGUCUCCAUUGCCUCGUACAAUAUACGACGAUGCACCAGAUGACGAUCCCGUUGCGCCAUUGAGGCACGCAGGAAUAUACACUGAUAGAGACAUACUGAAGAUGCGAAAAGCGUUAACAGAACGAAAAAUCGAGUGUCUAAAAUUACAUGGUGAGAUGAUGUUGGAAAGAGCUCGCAGGAGAGCGAAUGACUUGUUCAGCAAGAAUGGAAAAGGUAUUUCUUGGAUGUCAACAAAUUAA